GGGGGUGGUUGUGAUGCCACAGAAAGUGGGCGGAGCCACCGGUAACCACCCGCAGACUAAAGGCUGACCCUCGUUAUUGUACAGUUAAUGUCAGAGCAGGUCAGAGCACACAGCAGUGAACGGAUUAUUAGUCGUUUUUACAGAAAACAGCUUCCGUCAUGACUAAGGACACAGAGGUGGACAUGAAGGACGUGGAACUGAACGAGAUGGACCCCGAGAAGCAGCCCAUGACGGCCGACGCUCAGGUAGCCGUCGGGGAGAAGAACGGCAGCGUCAAGCUGAAGGUCCCCGAGGAUGAGGUUGCGUUCACGGGCCUGUCCAAGGAGGAGCUGAUGAAGGUGGCAGGAACUCCAGGGUGGGUGCGGACCCGCUGGAUGCUCCUGGUGCUGUUCUGGCUGGGCUGGGUUGGCAUGCUGGCCGGGGCCAUUGUGAUCAUAGUCCAGGCCCCUCGCUGCAAACCGCUCCCUGAGAUGAACUGGUGGAACGAUGGCCCUCUGUACCAGAUCCCCGACGUGGACGCUUUCUGUGGUGGAUUGGCAGGCCUUGAGCAAAGACUAGAUGAGAUCAGCCAGUUGAAGGUCAAAGGUCUGGUCCUGGGACCUCUACACACUGUGCAGGAAAACCAGCAGAGCACCCUGAAUCUUAAGGAGAUCGAUGCAGCUGUUGGAAGAGAGGAAGAUCUCAAGUCUGUGCUGAAAAAAGCCGAUGACAAGGGUAUUAAGGUAGUGCUUGACCUGACUCCAAACUACAAGGGAAGCGAUUCGUGGUUCAGUUCCGGAGAUAUUGGUUCGAUGUUGGAGCAAGUUAAGGCUGCAGCAGAGCACUGGCUGAAACUUGGUGUCAGUGGCUUUAAGCUGUCUGCCUUCAACGUUGCCGCCAACUCCCCUCACUGGUCCCACCUGCAGACUGUAGUCCAGGGCAACCACACCGAGGGCACCAGCAAAAGGUUGCUGAUGGGUGUGGUUGAACAUGAAUCAGCUGCAUCAGUGCAUCAGCUCCUCAACACCACUGGGGUAGCUCUCAUUCUGUCUGACCUGCUUAGCAGCAAAACUGGAGGGGAACGUAUCAGGGCCAUGGACCACCUUCACGCUCAGCAGAGAAAGGUGGGCUGGGGUCUCGGCGCCGUCCAACAGGACCAGCUGUCUAAACAAGCAACGGGUCCAGCCCUGAUCCGUCUGUACCAACUCCUGCUGCUCACCAUGCCUGGAACCCCGGUGUUCACCUAUGGAGACGAGAUCGGCCUUGAGGGGAAUCAGAAACAUCCUAAAAUGGUUUGGAACGUAGAGACGGAAGCAGCUCAGAAUAAGUCUUUGGAGGAGUACGCUGCCACCAGGAAGUGGUUCAAAGGCCUCAGCGACCUGCGAGGCAAAGAGCGCUCUCUGCUCCACGGCGACUACUACCCCCUGUACGCCUCCAACUCCUCCCUCUCUUUCCUCCGCGUGUGGGACCAGAGUGAGAGAUACAUAACGGCCGUCAACUGGGGAGCAGAGAAACAGACGCUCAAGCUCAGCCUGACGACGACAGAGGGACUAGAGCUGCCCAAGAAGGCCAAGGUGAAGCUGUCAACGGACUCGAAGCUGGAGGCAGAAUCCAACGUCAACCUGGACAGCGUGGAGCUGGAGCCUGGACAAGCCGUCCUGCUGCAGUUCCCCUACACGGGCUGAAGAUGGCGCCACACUAAAGGAGGGGUUCCAUCACGAGGCACGUUUCAGAAAAUUAGCUCACUCCAUCUGAAGCUCAUUCCUUCCCAAGGGUCAUAAGUUUUAAAACUCCAUCCAUACAGACUUUGUGCUUUCAGAUUCUGUAUGUUUCCAUACUUUUGUAUUUUAUUAAACAAUUCAGUUAAGUUCCACUACAUUAACCCCCACAGACCUCGUUAUAAGUAAAAGGUAACUCCUUUAGGCAUAUCCCUUCAGGGGUCCCCACAGGAAAUAAUUCACAUGGUUGAUUUGGCCACAUUUUACACCUGAUGCUCUUACUGAUGCAACCCCUCUCUGAGGGGAUUGAACCCGCGACCUGUGCAACAGAAGUGCAAUGUGCUAACCACUGUGCCAAAAUUGGGAUUAAUUAAGAUAAUGAAAUGCUAUAGUAGCACAUUCUACUUCAUUCAUGACUAUUUCUCGUGAUAAAUAGGACUUCGCAUCAGUUCACAUUAAUAAGCAGACUAAAAGAAAACGUGUACACUUUCAUGUCAAAUUCGGUUUGAAUGAUUGGAUUCCCUUUUAUUGUUACUUCUCUCCCCAUUUAAAAGUCACAGGGACAAAAUAAUAAUAUUCCAUGUCUUUGGUGAUACAAAAUAUUUCAAUGUGCUGGAAAACAAACUGAUCUGAAUUAGAAAUAAAAACAAGACAAGUUGUUCUGUG